UUGUAACAAUUGAUAUUAUUUAUUUAAAAAAUUGAGUAAUUUUAACUAUUGAGUGUACAAAUGCUUUGCUGACCAAAUAUUUGAACUUCGCUCUCACAAUUUUACACCUUGUUUGACCUUAAAAUUUUUCUAUUUGUUUUUAUAAUUAGCGUUUACUUUUUAUAUUAGACAUUUUUUUUUUGUUUAUAAAGUAACAGUGUGGGUUAUUACGUCAAAGAUAUUAUUUAGAAAGUAUUAAAUUUAAAUUAAUGGUUUUUAAACCGAGCUGACCAAUCUGUUCCAUUUUCACUUAUCCAAACAAAGACUAUUUAUAAGUAUACAGCUUUUACAAAUAAACAUCUCUGUUGAAAAUUAUUCAAAAUAUUAUAAAUUUUUUAAAUAUUACAAUUUACAUACUAUAAAAGAAUAAUAAAUGGAUAGCUUUAAUAAUAAAAUAGAAAUAAUGGUGUGAAAGAUAGGUAAGAACUCUUGGAAAAAUUAUCAGUCACCAGUUCUCCGGCAACUUUUGCGUAGUUCAUACGCGCGAAAUAGAGCUCAAUACAAAAAAUUAUAAAAUUUUUCAUCUGAGUUAUUUAAUUUAAUAAUUUUAACACAAUUAUAUUAUCAUGCUAAAAAAUAAUAAUUGGAUCACAUCUGAGAAAUAAUAAAAUAAAAAUAACUUAGUAUUAUUUAAGAGUAUAAAAAUGAAUAGUGCAAAAGCUGAAAAACGUCUGGCGAUUCUUUAUUCUGCAGCUGCAUUACUCUCAGUGAUAUCAUUUAUUUGCAUUAUAACUACCUGGCAAUACUGGGCUUGGACCUUGGACAGUUGUUUUGAGACUGACUGUAAUUGUAUUUUUUAUGGUGUUAAUGCAUUUAGCAAACUGAGAGGUGGAGACGCUAAAAUUUGUCACUUUGCGACUUAUGCCGUCAUUCCAUCUGUUUUAUUUAGUAUUGGAUUCGGUCUUUAUCACGGUUAUAGAACUUGUAUCAAUAAAAAAUUAAGUGAACCUAAAAUCAUAGCCAGAAGAUCAGUUAAUUACAGCAGUAAUGAAAUAGACGGAAAUGUCGUAGUCGUAACUCCUAAGAGUCGAUCCCCGUGUAAACAUUGGACGCCAACAACUUUCUUAGCAGCAUUAAUCACAUGUCUGUCUCUUGCUCACUCUAUUGUUGUCACCGAUGGUUAUUACAAAACCUGUGAACAAUAUAAAAAAAGAAUAAUUCACGUUUUGGGAUCAUCAGGACGCGAAGCUAUGGCGGUCCACAAUCGAUUGAGCUGUAGCGCAAUAUUCGAUUACAUGGAUUACAUUGAGCCUGAUUCGAACAAUUGGAGGCGAGGUGACGAAAUGAAUACCGGAUUAGCUUUACUCUUUGCUCUUAUUUCUAUUUGGUCGAAUUUUAUCAUCUGGAUAAUUAUUUUUAUAAUUAAUUUUGUCAUGGCAAGACAGAGGCACAGAAAUUAUGGUGAAAAAUCUUGUUGCUGUUAAUAUUUUAUCUAUAAUAAUAAGUAUCUCAAAAAACUAUAAUCAAAAAUAUAUAUAUAAAUUAUAAUUAGAGUUUUAAAAAAUAUAUAUAAAAAAU